ACCGCCCAAGCUGCAGAAAAGAGAUAUCGGGGUUUGGACAACCAUUGCAAUUGUUGUUGUUGAUCAGAGACUUUUAUUGCCACGCUAUCGGAUAGAUUAGAAAAGCCAGAGUUUUAUUAGCUACUAGCUAGCCGUUGCAAGAAGAAUUCAUUGGUCGACUACUAGUCUAGCUAGUAGGUGCCCUAUCGGUAUCCGAUCAAGUUAAUUAACCCAAGCUACCCAAAAAGAGCAAAAGAUCCAUCAAAGAUGGCCACCAUGAAAAGGGGUCGCCCAUUCUCCGUCAUUGGCUCAUUGGCCUUUUUGCUGUUGUCUCUACUAGUUUUGGUGUUGACCAUUCAUCCCGUCCAUGGCCAACGUGCUGCCGUUUCGGCAGGAACCAAGCUGCAACAAGAUUCGCCCGCAAGUGGAAGCAGUCAACGACAAAAAAAGAAGAAUCGAGUGGAAGGUAAGCAAGAGACCAAAAAACGACGUUUUCCAUUGGCCAUUGGACGACGACACAAGCAUGACCAUGACGAGCUAGAUGAUCUCUUUUCCAGUCGCGUGCAAGAUCCUAUAUGGGUAGCGAUAACGCGUCUCGAGGUGACCGCCUUGACCGUGGCCGUGUUGAUGAUUUUCCUGAUUUGGCAUGUCUUGCAUCUCCAACAAAAGGCAUGGCAAAAAACGCUUCCACCAAAGAACAACAACAAGGCAAAGGGGUUAUCAUCAUCAUCUUUUCAAAUGGAGGAUGACGACUUUGCCGUGGACCACGAUGGUCAUGUCGUUACCAAAAAGGGAUUGGAAAGCAUUGAUCUGGCAUUCUCCAAUGUCCGACUCGAAAUGGCCACCAAAAAGAAAAAGAACACGGAUGGAAAACCAAGAUUGCUCUUGGAUGGAUCCAUUCAUGGCAGAGCCAAACCAGGACGAAUGCUAGCCGUCAUGGGACCAUCUGGUGCUGGAAAGUCCGUCUUUGUCCACGCGCUGGCGGGACGACUCAAAGAUACCAGCAAAUUGUCGUUGACGGGACGUCGAUACAUUAAUGGACACGCCGUACAGGGGGAUUCCCUCUUGCCGGCCGCAUUUGUCGAACAAGAUGUCAACUUUUUCCCGCACAUGACGGUCCGCGAAACACUGGAAUUUCGUGUCUCUCUCAAACUGGGAUCGCUCAUAUCGACCGUUGAACGCGAUACGAUUGUCACCAAUCUCAUGGCGCAAUUGGGCUUGACCAAAUCGGCCGAUACCAUUGUCGGUGAUACCAAAGUACGAGGAUUGUCGGGAGGAGAACGCAAACGACUCUCGAUUGCCGUGGAAAUGAUCUCCAGUCCGUCCCUGCUCUUUUUGGAUGAACCCACAUCGGGACUCGAUAGUGCCGCGGCGGCUUCGCUGGUGGACAAAUUACGACAAUUGGCCAAUCAAGGAAAAACCGUCGUGGCGGUCAUUCAUCAACCCAGUCAGCAAGUAUUUAGCAUGUUUGACGAUUUGCUCUUGCUCAGUGAUGGACGACAAAUGUACUUUGGACCCGUGGCGGAUGCUCGAUAUUACAUGGAACGACAAGGAUAUCCGGCUGAAAAGGAAGUGGGAACGGCCGAAUACGUAUUGGAAUGCAUUUCCCGCUUUCCACGCCUCUCCGAGACGGACGAGGAUGCCCAGAAACGAAUCUCGACAUUGGCCGAAUCAUCGGCGGCACAAAAAGUGGAUUUGGGGCUGAGUGGCAGUGCCAGUAGUGCCAGUGGUGAUGCGCGCCAUUUCCAAUCGGCCGUGGUGACGCGAUAUGGACCACGGGCCAGUAUCUUCAAACAGUUUAGUCUGCUCAUGAAACGAGCCCUCAAAGAAGCAUUUCGAGGAAAGGGUGUCAUGAUAUUGAAGACCGUACAGCAAGUCACGGUGGGACUGAUUUAUGGUGGAAUCUACAAGCUGGGGAAUAAUCAGGCAUCGAUUCAAGACAGGUACGGUCUCAUUUCGUUGACGGCCAUUGGAGCCGCCAACAUGGCCAUUGCUGCCGCGAUUCGCGCCUUUCCCAAAGAAAAGGCUAUUGUCGCCAAUGAAAUUGCAUCCAAAAUGUAUCGAACACUCCCAUACUUUAUUGGCAAGGCGUUGUCCGAAUUGCCUCUGGUAGCCUUCUACAACGGUAUCAUGAUGAUGAUCCUUUACAAUAUGACCGGCCUCAACUCGGCACCGGGUAAACUACGACAAUUCAUGUCUGUGAUUAUGAUGCACGGCCUGGCGGCAGAAUCACUCGGGUUGGCCAUUGGAGCCAUUAGCGCCAAUUCCGAUGUAGCGCUGGGACUCUUCCCCGCGGUGCUCAUCUUGAAUAUCAUCUUUGACGGACGAAACAUUAGUGUCGAAAACACACCCAAGUAUCUCCGAUGGAUCUCCAAGGUCGGCUUGAUCCGAUGGGGGUUCGAAGGACUGUCACUAGUCGAGUUUGGCGGAUUGACAUUCAGUACGGGUGGUCCUCGACGAGGCCCUGUGGCCAAGACCGGAGAAGAGGCUCUCGAACGCAUGGGGCUUGGCGAUCGGGUGCUAAGUGAUGUCUUCAAGGCCCAAGCGACAAUCACUGCGGCUUGUUGGGGCCUCAGCUUCUUGGGCAUGACCCUGACGCGACAAAAGUUCCUGGUGAUGAAGGCGCCCAAGCCUUAGCUAGCUAUAGUUUCCUGCUACGAUGAUUGAACUGGGAUUGAAUUCUCACGAUACAUUUCGAUAGCUAGUGCGUCGUCGGUUUAUGUACAUUCAGCCGUUAUGAAUUGUGUGCCUUGCAACCAACAGCUUCUUAUCAGUAUUGCCUGCCACCACCAGCCGUGCCGGUGUCAUAGUAAUGACGCAUACGCUUGGGUCUAGCAUACAGCUCCUGUUCAAGGAGCACCUUGUUUUCCGCUGAGAUGAAGUCCAUAUCUUCCUUGGUUUCGUUGAGAAUUUCAUGGAACGAUUGGAUGUUCCGCUCGGUUGUUUGCAAGGAACGCUCAGCGAUAUCUUUGGCGUCUCGAAGAUUCUGACACUCGUCCAUGCUCUGAUACAAGCUAGAUUUGAGGUCUUUGUUUUCGGCCGCGAUGAUAUCCAAUUCCUCAUACGCGUCCUCGAGUGUGGAUUUGUAUUUACCGGCAUGAAAGUCCAAGUCGCGAACUUUGUCAUGCAAUUCGUCACGCUCCUGUUCCAGACUCCAGAUUUCUUCAUACGCACCUGCAAGAUCCGUCUUGAGCUGAUCCACACUCUCGUUUAGUGCUUCAACCUCUUUGUCUUUUUCUUCCGAAGCAAUCUCGAGCCCUUCCAUUGCGGUCGAAAGCAUCUCGCACUUUUUGGAAGUCCGUUCACACUUUUCCAUCAGCUCCAAGUUUUCAACUGCGGAAUACCGUAACUUGUCGUUGACAUCAAGCAGCAAGUGCUUCCUGUCGAUUGCAAGGUCUUGGAGAAGCUCUAGCUCGGAAGCCAGCUGGUCCCUUUCCUCCGUAAUCUGCUCGACCUCGGCAGAAGCUUCCUGCAGUUUCUCCUCACACUCGACCGUUUUCUCAUCAAUCCGUUCCUGCAUUUCUUUUCCAAACGUCUCGUAGAUGUCCUCUUCUCUCUUCUUCCAAUCCUCUUUCAUUCUUGCUAUUGUCGCGUGCAGCUCUUCCUGUUGAUGAAGGCUCUUGUCGAGCCCUCCGACAAGCGCCUUGUUCUCAUCGGCCAAUACUUGUAUCCUUUGAUUCGCUUGUGUAAGUUGCUUUGAAUACUCAGCUCCCUUCUCAGCCAGCAUCGAGAUAGUACUUGCCAGAGACUCAUUCUUUCCAUUCAGCAGCUUGAUUUCUUUGUUCGAUUCAUUGAGAAUCUCUUUGUAUGAUUCUAUCUUGGAAUCCGCCAACUUUUUGUAGGCUUCUGCAUCUCGUUCCAGUACAGAAUUAUUUUCCUUGGUGGCUGCGACUUCCUCUGAUAAUGCUUUGAUUCGUUUCUUCGCAUUGUGAAGAUGCUUCUUGGAGUGAGCUGCUUGUCGCUCCAAUCUCUCCAUCUUUUUCAUGAGUCUUUCGUCAGUGGUCAAGUUUUCUUGCUGCACCGUCUCCAAUUCCUGCUGGCCUUCAAUCUUGGAGACUCUCUUCUUCAGCUUCUUGUUCUCCUUCUUGAGUGCUUUGUUUGCUGAUUUUGACUCUGCUACCUGGGAUUCCUGCUCAUUCUUCUUGCUCUUGUACUUUGUGACUCUCUUGAUAAGCUUCUUGUUCUCUUUCUUCAAUGCUUUCUUUGCUGAUUUGGAUUCUUCCUCCUCCUCGCCUUCGUGUUUUGUGACUUUCUUGUUCAGAUUUUUGUUUUCCUUCUUGAGUGCGCGGUUUUCUUCUCUGACAGUAUCGAAUUCUUCCAGGCGGGCAACCAGUUCCGCCUUCUCUGAUUCCAACUUAGCGACCAAAGCCUCGAGCUGGCUGUUCUUCGACCCCACUUCCUCCAGGUCGUCCUUCAAGGACAAAAGAGUAGAAGAGAGUUCUUCGUUCAGAAUCGUCCUUACCCCGCCCUUACUAGAUUUUGGUGAUGGUUUCUUCCCUUUCUUCCCCUUAACCGCUCGCGUACUACUGAUAUCGCCUCUGGAAGCCUUGCUGCUCUUUGACACAGAUGACCCUGGCGAGGCAGGCAGCUGCUUGCCAAUAAUCCGAUCCGAUGUCUGGCUUCCUUCACUCCUGGACAUAUUUUGUCCGUUUGAUUCUGGCUCAUUUGCGUCUUCGUUGCUCUUUCUUUCCUCUGCGGUUGGUCGCCCUGGUUCAUCCUUCUGUUUGCCUCUCAUCGCUCUAGCCACAUCUUCGACGCUGUACAUAUUCUCGACCACGGACAAGGGAGUACCUUGAUUAAGCCAGUACCUGAUA